UUUGCCCUUUGCAGGAAGAAAAGAAUAUGUUCUUUACUUGCACAAUAUUGUUCUUGAAUUAUAUAGCACUAUGCUAAAUUGCAAACCAUUAUGCAUUAUUUCAGGAAAAAUUGAGGAUCAACAUCUAUGGAGGUUGAGUUGGGUCUGAAGAUCACGAGAAUCAGAGAUGAUUCCACUUCCAUUUCUGAUUUUCAGUUUGCCAAAGAUAGAGCAGGGCCUUUCUUCUUGUCUAAAGAAACUGAUGUAAUGUUCAUCCUCACUGCACAUCUCAAAGGAUACAAGAAAGAGAACAUUGAGAUCAAUAUAAGUGAAGAUGGCAGUGAGAUUUCAGUGAGUGGGGAGAAGGAGGUGGAGGAAAUGGACAUGAUGAUGCCAUUCAAGAAAGACCUCAAAAUCAAAGACUUUAGAAAGAAGUUUAGAAUCCCCGGGGAUAUAGAAUUGGACAGGAUCAAGGCCAAGUAUAACCAAGAGGAAGCAGUUUUGAGGAUUGUGAUGCCAAAAAGGGUCAAAGGGAUGCUUGGUGUUGGAAUUGAAGAGGUGAAGGAAGAAGAGAUUGUUCAUAGAAAGCCACCAGAGCCCGAGCCGGAACGGGAGCCGGCAGCACAACAAAUUGUGGCUGAAAAGGUUCCAGAUAAGAGUGAAGAGGAAGGUCCAGCAGUGAAGAAGAAGCCUCCGAAAAAGCCAUGGAAGCCUUGUCCUCCAUUGUUCAUAGGAGGAUCAACUUUGCUUGUAUCUCUUAUUUUUCUUGUCAUACACUAUAUUAGAGUCAGAAAGAGUUGAUUAAUAAAA